AACAACUGUCCUGUCACAUAUCCGGACUUCGCUCUUUAUACUACCUUACAUACUCAUCAACCCCCCCCCAAUACUUUGUCACAAUGGGUAAGGAGAAGCUUCACGUUAACGUCGUCGUCAUUGGCCAUGUCGACUCCGGCAAGUCCACCACUACUGGUCACAUGAUCUACAAGUGCGGUGGUAUCGACAAGCGUACCAUUGAGAAGUUCGAGAAGGAGGCUGCCGAACUUGGCAAGGGCUCCUUCAAGUACGCCUGGGUGCUUGACAAGCUGAAGGCUGAGCGUGAGCGUGGUAUCACCAUUGACAUUGCUCUUUGGAAGUUCGAGACUCCCAAGUACAUGGUCACCGUCAUUGAUGCCCCCGGUCACCGUGACUUCAUCAAGAACAUGAUCACGGGUACUUCUCAGGCUGACUGCGCCAUUCUGAUCAUUGCUGGUGGUACCGGAGAGUUUGAGGCUGGUAUCUCCAAGGAUGGCCAGACUCGUGAGCACGCUCUGCUCUCCUUCACCCUCGGUGUGCGUCAACUCAUCGUCGCCGUCAACAAGAUGGACACCACCAAGUACUCCGAGGACCGUUUCAACGAAAUCAUCAAGGAGACUUCGACUUUCAUCAAGAAGGUCGGUUACAACCCCAAGUCUGUUGCCUUCGUUCCCAUCUCUGGAUGGCACGGUGACAACAUGAUUGAGGCCACCACCAACAUGCCCUGGUACAAGGGAUGGGAGAAGGAGACUAAAGCCGGCAAGUCCACCGGAAAGACCCUCCUCGACGCCAUCGAUGCUAUCGAGCCCCCUUCUCGUCCCACCGACAAGCCCCUGCGUCUCCCUCUGCAGGAUGUUUACAAGAUUGGUGGUAUUGGUACGGUGCCCGUCGGCCGUGUCGAAACCGGUGUCAUCAAGCCCGGUAUGGUUGUCACCUUCGCCCCCGCCAACGUCACCACUGAGGUCAAGUCCGUUGAGAUGCACCACGAGUCUUUGACCGAGGGUCUCCCCGGUGACAACGUUGGCUUCAACGUCAAGAACGUCUCCGUCAAGGACAUUCGUCGAGGAAACGUUUGCUCUGACUCCAAGAACAACCCCGCUCAGGAGGCUGCUUCUUUCAACGCCCAGGUCAUCGUCAUGAACCACCCUGGUCAAAUCGGUGCCGGUUACUCGCCCGUGCUCGACUGCCACACUGCCCACAUUGCGUGCAAGUUCGCCGAGCUCCUCGAGAAGAUUGACCGUCGUUCCGGAAAGUCCAUCGAGUCUGGCCCCAAGUUCAUCAAGUCUGGUGAUGCCGCCAUGGUCAAGAUGAUUCCCUCCAAGCCCAUGUGCGUCGAGGCUUUCAACGAGUUCCCUCCUCUUGGUCGUUUCGCCGUCCGUGACAUGCGUCAGACCGUCGCUGUCGGUGUCAUCAAGGCUGUCGAGGCUGCUGCUGCUAAGGGUGGUAAGACCACCAAGGCCGCUGAGAAGGCCUCCAAGAAGAAGUAAACCCUUCUUCGAGAUGUAUGGCAUCAUGCCAUGGGGGC